GACUUACCGGAAGAAAGUUUACCGAGGAGAAUGACCCAUUUCCCUGGAUACAGGGGUGGGGAUCGGGGAUACCGCAGAGCUUAUAAGGGCGAUGUUUGAUCGUGUAUCGCAACGUAACCCAUUCAAGACCUAACUUUAAACACCUAACCUCAGCUGGGCGCCAGACUUUGUAGUGCGCCUGCGCCUUACCCUUGGCUGCGUGGUUGCCAGGAAACCGCGAAGCCGCGGUCCCUGCGUCUGAGUCUCUCUCGACCAUGGCCAAAUUCGUUAUCGCGGGUAGAGCAGAUUGUCCAUAUUAUGCUAAAACAGAACUUCUGGCAGACUAUUUACAAAAGAAUCUUCCUGAUUUUCGGAUACAUAAAAUCACACAACGUCCUGAGGUUUGGGAGGCAGAUUUAAUAUAUGACUUCACUUGGAAUAUCAUUCAACAGGAUUGGCUAAAAGAUGUGUGUGAAAAGAAUCAGUGGAGUCACAAGAAUUCCCCUAUCAUCUGGAGAGAGCUGUUGGAUCGUGGAGGAAAGGGUUUGCUUUUGGGAGGAUAUAAUGAGUUCCUGGAGCAUGCCCAGCUUUACUACAAUGUCGCCUCUAGCAUGACGACUGAGCUGAUGAUGGUAAUUGCUCAAGAGAACCUGGGGGCACAUAUAGAAAAAGAGCAGGAGGAAGAAGCCCUGAAAACUUGCAUCAACCCCUUGCAGGUCUGGAUCACCAGUGCCUCUGCUCCUGCCUGCUACAACCUAAUUCCCAUACUGACCAGCGGCGAGGUGUUUGGGAUGCAUACAGAAAUUAGCAUAACUCUAUUUGACAACAAGCAGGCGGAAGAACAUCUCAAAAGCCUUGUGGUGGAGACCCAAGACCUGGCGUCUCCCGUCCUGCGCAGUGUCUCCAUCUGCACGAAGGUGGAGGAGGCGUUCCGCCAGGCCCAUGUCAUUGUGGUGCUGGACGACAGCACCGACAAGGAGGUGUUCACUCUGGAGGACUGCCUCCGAAGCAGGGUGCCUCUGUGCAGGCUCUACGGGUACCUGAUAGAGAAAAAUGCUCAUGAGUCCGUCAGAGUCAUCGUGGGAGGGAGAACGUUUGUAAACCUGAAGACAGUUUUACUCAUGAGAUAUGCCCCACGCAUUGCACACAACAUUAUUGCCGUGGCGCUGGGGGUGGAAGGUGAAGCGAAAGCCAUACUGGCCAGAAAACUGAAGACAACUCCUUCAUACAUUAAGGAUGUGAUCAUUUGGGGUAAUAUCAGUGGAAAUAAUUACGUUGAUCUGAGAAAAACAAGAGUGUACAGAUAUGAGAGUGCCAUUUGGGGACCUCUCCAUUAUUCACGCCCUGUUUUAAAUUUGAUUUUUGACAGUGAAUGGGUAAAAAGAGAAUUUGUGGCAAUUCUUAAAAACUUGACCGCCACAGGAAGACAAUUUGGAGGCAUUUUGGCUGCACACAGUAUAGCCACUACAUUGAAAUACUGGUACCAUGGCUCACCGCCUGGGGAGAUUGUAUCCUUAGGAAUAUUGAGUGAAGGCCAGUUUGGUAUUCCUAAAGGGAUCGUCUUUUCUAUGCCUGUGAAAUUUGAGAAUGGAACUUGGGUGGUUCUUACAGAUCUCAAAGAUGUUGCAAUAAGUGAACAAAUAAUGACCAGAAUGACAAAUGAUCUAAUUCAGGAGAAACUUGUUGCACUUGGAGACCAGAUACAUUUUCAGCCAUACCAAUCAGAAACUGAACUACGUAAAAAAGAUAAAAGGAUCUCCUUACUCAUCACAGAUGACAGCCAGGAAGAACAGGUCUCAGAUGGACUUAAAGAUCUGGUCCCUGAUAAAGAAAAAAAUCUAGUUAUGUCAGAUGCAGCAGAUUUUCCAAAUCAGAUUCCUCAAACCACCUUUGAAAAGCCACAGAGUCUUGAGUUCCUAAAUGACUUUGAAGGCAAAACCGUGGAAUCCUAACAGAUCCAAUUGGAUGAAAUAUAUAAUUACUUGGUAGCAUAAUAAACAUAGAAAGAAUUUAUAUGAAUGUCUAUAUUUAAGGAAGAAUAAUUUGAAAGAUUUAUGUCAGUCUUAGAUAAUACCAUGCAAGGCAAUUAAAUCACUGUGACAGCACAAAGGCCAGAGUUCAGUCAUUUUGCAUUACUUGUAUCCACACAUGUUUGUUUCAUAAUAAUUGCAUUUUCUUAGAACUAUUUUGGUGUCAAAUGCUAUUUUUAUACUAUGUUAAAAUAGAGUUGUCAGUCAUUGCAUCUGCCCAUACGUCUUCUGAGAGAACCUGCUUCCUUCCACCAGCCAUACCUAAGACCUGCACCUAAGUGGCCGUGUUUGCUGAAAUGUCCUCAUCACCUUGGCCUCAACUAAUUAGGCCAAACAGAUGUACUUCACUCAAGGAGAACCAAUCAUAUUUUCUCUCUCUCUCUCAAAGAAAAAUUGAACUGAGACCAGUGAGUAAGUUGGUGUCUGGGUCAGGUUAAUGGUAGUGAACUAUGUGCCUGUGAGCUCUUCAGAGCUGGUUGGGUUCACCACCUUCAUAAGACCUGCCUCUGUACCAUUUUUCCUUGGGUGUGCUUUGUAUAAAGGUCUGUACAAUAAAUCACACUUUUUUAAAGCUUA